AAGGGUCUCUCUAUCUAUCUCUCUCUCUCUCUCUCUCUCUCUCGCCUGCUCGCCUGCUCGCCUCGCACAUUCUACAUACAGACCCUGCCUGUUUCCCCCUCCCUCCUCCCUCCCGCCUUCUCUCCUCCCUGUCUGUGUCUCCACCGCUCUCUCCUCUGCCUCCCUCCCUUGUUUUUCUCUAAAGUGGCUGCAGCUCCCCUUCCAUUCACUUCUCUCCCUCCAUUUCUCAAGUGCUACAGGAAUGAGCAGAACCCCCUGAUUCUGAUGACAGUGACAAAGAAAGAGUGAAAGAAAGGAAGGAGGGAAGUACAGAAGAGAGAGGGAGGUGAGAGAAAGAGAGAGAAGAAAGGAAGGGAAGAGAGAGAAAUUGCCAGUGUCGAAAUCGAAGUGUGUGAGAGAAAGAGAGAGCGAGAGGGAGACUGGUUGCAGACUGACUUUCAAACAACUGGGAGAGGAAGCUAAGAGAGAGCUUUACCGUCGCCAUUUCAAUCAUGACUUUGGAGGGGGAGUUUUGAAGUGCCGCUGUUGAGAAAGCCCAACCAUUUGCACUCUGAGGAGGCGGAGGCGUGCUUUUGAACCAAGGUGUUGCCCCACCCAACCCAGCUGAUACCAGAUGGAGGUGGACGCGGUUGAGAAGCGCCAUCGGACGCGUUCCAAAGGGGUUCGAGUUCCGGUGGAGACGGCAGCACAGGAGUUAUUCAGCUGCCCUACUCCAGGAUGUGAUGGAAGUGGACAUGUCAGUGGCAAAUACGCCAGACACCGAAGUGUCUAUGGCUGCCCCCUGGCCAAGAAAAGGAAGACCCAGGAGAAACAGCCUCUGGAGCCUUCCCCCAAGAGGAGGCCCUACUUAACCCCUACCGACCCAGAGCUGAACCCUGCUGCCAUGUUCCCCUCCUAUGAGCCUGAACCCAUGGACGAGGGAGAGGAGAAGGAGCAGGGGGAGGUAGAUGGGGAGAUUCAGGAGGAAGGAGAAGAGGAGGAAGGGGAGGAGGGGGAAGAGGUAGAAGAGAUAGAGGAGGAAGGAUUUUCUGAGGAUAACGGGGAGCUAGGUGAGGAAGAGGAGGAAGGAGAAGAGGCAGAUGAGGAGGAGGAUGAGGUGGAGAUGGAGGUAGCAGGGCCAGUGGAGGUGGAACAGGUGGAGGAAGGGAUAGAGGAAGAUGAGGAAGCAGAUGAUGGGGAUGAUGAAGAGCAAGAGGAAGGGGAGGAGCAAGAGGAAGAGGAACAGGAGGAGGAGGGUGACGAAGAUGAACAUGAGGAGGAAGAAGAGGAGGAGGAGGAAGAAGAGGUCCAGAGUCACCAUGAGCCAGAGAACCGGCACAAAAAUGGCGGACAAUCAAAGCAUCACCCUACGGGACAGAAGGAUAACAUCAACAACAGCGCCCCUGGCCCUAACGUCGGCCCUAAUGGUGAAGAGUAUGAAAACUAUGAUGAGCUGGUGGCCAAGUCCCUUCUCAACCUGGGGAAGAUCGCCGAGGACGCCGCCUACCAGGCCAUGACCGAGUCAGAGAUGAACAGCAACUCCUCCAACAGCGCCGGCGAGGACGAUGAUGACGAUGAUGAUGACGAAGAGGGCAACGAGCGCGGCGGGGGCAGGAAGGGCAAGCUGAGCGUGGAUCUGGACAGCGACGUGGUCAGGGAGACGGUGGAUUCGCUCAAGCUGUUGGCGCAGGGCCACGGCGCUGUGCUCCCCGAUGAUGGCUACCCAGAAGGCGCCGGUUUGGAGGAUGGCAGGCAUCCCAAUGGGCGACCCCACCACCAUGGCGUCAGGGGUCAGGCUGAGGAGAGCGAGGAGGAGGUGUGCCUCAGCAGUCUGGAGUGUCUGAGGAACCAGUGCUUCGACCUGGCCCGCAAGCUGAGCGAGACGUCGCCUUCCGACCGCCUUGGACACCCCGGCCUGCAACACCACCAGGCCCAUCAGAACCACCACCCUAACCAGUCCCAUCACCACCUGCAGCAUCAAACCGUCCACCAUCACCACCAGGCUCAGCACCAGCCUCCGGCUCAAGCCCACCACCUACCCAGGUACGAAAGCUGCCAGGAGGGCCAGCAGCCAGACGAGCGUGGGUCCCUGGAGCGCAGCUACUCAGACAUGGUCAACCUGAUGAAGCUGGAGGAGCAGCUGAGCCCGGCCUCCAGGGGGGGCUACUCGGCCAGCUGCCACCAGGACGGGGACGAGGACACCACAUCGGUGGCCUCGGACCGCUCGGACGAGGCCUUCGACAUGACCAAAGGCAACCUGUCCCUGCUGGAGAAGGCCAUCGCCAUGGAGUCCGAGCGAGCCAAGGUCAUGAGGGACCGCAUGGCCUCGGAGGGACAUCAUAUGGUGGCCCGAAGGGACAAUCAUCAUCACCACCACCACGGCGAGCACAGCCCCAGACAGAGCAGCGGGGCGGAGGAGCGCAAGUCCAGAAUGCACCACGAUGGGUCAAAGAGAGCAUACUACCCUAAAGAUUCUGCAAGAGGGGACAAGAAGGAGAGUAAGUGUCCGACCCCGGGCUGCGAUGGGACAGGCCACGUCACGGGUCUCUACCCCCACCACAGGAGCCUGUCAGGCUGCCCCCACAAGGACAGGGUGCCACCAGAGAUUCUUGCAAUGUAUGAAAAUGUUCUAAAGUGCCCUACUCCUGGCUGCUCGGGGCGUGGCCAUGUCAAUAGCAACAGGAACUCCCACCGCAGUCUCUCGGGGUGCCCCAUCGCUGCUGCAGAGAAGAUGGUUAAAGUCCAGGAGAAGCACAUCCCAUGUGACGGGGGCCCCAAGUCCAACCAGGCUUCAGACCGUGUGCUGAGGCCAAUGUGCUUUGUGAAACAGCUGGAGAUCCCACAGUACGGUUACAAAAAUAACGUCUCCACCAGCACGCCGCGCUCCAACCUGGCCAAGGAGCUGGAGAAGUACUCCAAGACCAGCUUCGACUACGGCCAAGGCUACGACAGCCAGCAACACGUCUACGGUGGGGGGAAGAGAAGCCUGGUCCCCAAGCCCCAAGGACGGGACUUCUCGUCUAAGGCAUAUGAUGCCAAGCGCUACUGUAAGAGCCCAGCCAGCAGCACGACGAGCAGCUACGCUCCCAGCAGCAGCAGUCUGAGCUGCGGAGGGGGAGGGGGCGGCAGCAGCGCCAGCAGCACCUGCAGUAAGAGCAGCUUCGACUACACACACGACAUGGAGGCUGCCCACAUGGCCGCCACGGCCAUCCUCAACCUGUCCACGCGCUGCAGGGAGAUGCCCCACGGCCUGGGAGGCAAGCCCCAGGAUCUCCUCUCCCAGAGUCCUGAUGGGGACGUGGAUGACAACAGUACCCUGGACCUGAGUGUGAGCCGUGGGCAGCCUGGGGGUCCUGAGGGGAGUGGCACGGUGCUGACGCCCCUGCAGCCCAUGUCCCCCCAGCGCCAGGCCCUGCUAAACAGCAGCCGCUGCUACCAGAUGAGUGAGGCCGACUGCUGGGACCUACCAGUGGACUACACCAAGAUCAAGCGCAUCACUGACGACGAUCACAAAGAGUCUUCCUUUUUUUCAUCCCUCCACCAGGUCGAUGACCUGGACCCAUUCCAGGACCUUCUGGAUGAGCAGCACUAUGGAGGGGACGUGACCAUGCCCAGCCCCAAACACAAGUACUCCGUCUGCAAGGAGGGCAAGAAGGAACUCAUCACUCUCUCAAACUGCCAGUUAGCUGACAAAAGCAUCCGCAGUAUGAUGACAACCAAUGCCCAAGACCUCAAGUGUCCCACUCCGGCAUGUGACGGGUCUGGACACAUCACUGGGAACUACGCCUCGCACAGGAGACCUUUCCCCUCUAGUCUGUCAGGCUGUCCACGGGCGAAGAAGAGCGGGAUCAAGAUACUGCACAGCAAGGAGGACAAGGACGACCAGGAGCCAAUUAGGUGUCCAGUCCCAGGCUGUGAUGGACAGGGUCACGUGACGGGGAAGUACGCGUCCCACCGCAGCGCGUCGGGCUGCCCCCUGGCGGCCAAGCGGCAGAAGGAUGGGUAUGUCAACGGCUCCCAGUUUGCAUGGAAGUCCGGGAAGACAGAUGGCAUGUCGUGCCCGACCCCGGGCUGCGAUGGAUCAGGACAUGUCAGCGGGAGCUUCCUGACCCAUCGGAGUCUCUCUGGUUGCCCCCGUGCCACCUCAGCCAUGAAGAAAGCCAGAAUGACUGGGGUAGAAAUGUUAACAAUCAAGCAACGAGCAAGCAAAGGAAUAGAAAAUGACGAGGACAUCAAACAGCUGGAUACAGAAAUCAAAGAUCUAAACGAAUCAAACAAUCAAGUGGAAUCAGACAUGAUUAAACUUAGGACACAAAUCACCACUAUGGAGACUAACCUGAAGUCCAUAGAGGAGGAGAACAAAGUUAUUGAGCAGCAGAAUGAUUCCCUACUGCACGAACUAGCCAACCUCAGCCAGUCUCUCAUCAACAGCUUAGCUAAUAUCCAGCUCCCACAUAUGAAACCGAUGCCACAGAAAGAGGCCCCAGUUAAACAUAGCUGCUGUUUACAGAUGCCCCACAGAGAGCCAAUGAAUGAACACAACUUUGAUAGUUAUGUGAAUACUUUGACAGAUAUGUACACCCAUCAGGACCAAUACCAGAGUCCAGAGAACAAGGCCCUAUUGGAGAACAUCAAACAAGCGGUGCAAGGCAUCCAAGUGUAGUAGCCUAUCUACCUGCGAAAAAGGCACUGUCAGAGGCUAAAUCAAAUGAUGUUAAAGCAACGAAAAAGGGUCAAAAGAGAGAAUGGAUGAGGAUUUUUUUUUGCUGCUGUAAAUUACCAUCAUGUUUCUUUUAUUACACUGUUAUGCUCUGAACUCCAUGGUUAUGGUAUUUUUGCCUUGCUUUAAAAAUAGUUCCCAAUGGCAAAAGUUUAAAAGAACAUACACGUUUUGUACAUUUUCAUAUGACCUAAUAUAACGCGAUGUACUGUUUAUAGCUGCUAAUGUAUGCACAUUUUUGUGUAUAUGUAUUUAUUAAUUGUACGCUUGUUUCAUUCAUUAUUUGAACGCUUAUUGAUAAAAAGGACUAAACUGAGUCCCAUGGGUCGGGAGCCAGAUGAGGGCAAUGUGAGGAGCAAUCAUGUUUAGAUAAGCGUUUUCAUUUUGUGAUUUAAUAGAAUACAAAAAAAGACCUUUGGUGUGAAGAUUGUUUAAUGGAUGUAAAUGUAUCGAUUUUUGUAACAAUGUUUGAAAAAACUCUUUGUCUUCAGUGGUCUGUGUGGAGACUAAUAAUAAUGUCUAUGUUUAAAUAAAGUACGAGAAGAAACUAUGUAUAAAUAUGACAAAUUUCAAACAUCAUGAGACGGAAACUAAGUGGUGCAACUCCCAUCAUCUAGAAUGGACUGUACUUCAUUAAGUUAGAAAUAAAAAGUCUUAGUAAUCUGUGCUGUUAAACUAUUUCCAUUUCAAACACAGAGCGGGAUGACCAAUGGCUAUGGGAAAUGUAGGAGACAAUCUAGCGUGACUAAUUUAUUUUAAUCGUAAAACUUAUUGAAUAGCUAGUAGGACAACUUAUCAGCAAUAUUGGUAUAACAAUGAUUAAAUCACUUGUUUAGAUAUGGGAUGCAAUCUAUAUAGAAAAAAAAGUUUGGGUAUAUGCAAUUUCUUAUAAAUAAAAUUAGCAGAGCUGAUAAAUCUUUUUACUAAAUGUAAAUGUAUUAAGUUUUGUAUAAAUCUUUUAAUACAAUCAUGUUUUCGGGAUUCAUCAUGCGGCGAUCAGUUCCAAAAUGAAAGAUGGAUGAGUUUAUGAGUUUCGUUCUCUCAUGUUCGAUUUUGCACAGGAACACCUUUGUUUUGAUGUUUUUAUUGAAACUUAGAGGUACUUGAAGGGUCAAAUUGAUGGUCAGAAGUUUUCUAGAAAAGUUAUCUUUAUAAAGGCUGAUUGAUGUGCUGGACUUACAGGGUCAAUGUCCCCCAUUUGUCAUAGUAUAUUAUUGCACUUGUUCAGUAGAAAUGUCUUUGCAAUCAUGCAUAGUAUGUGUCUGCGCCACACAACAUGACACGAGCUAAAGAUUGCUUUCUGAUUAUGUCCUAAAAAUGGAUCUAUUGGUAAAAAAGUUUAUUAAUAUCUAUUAUAACAGCAAAGAAUAACGGAAGUGAUAUUGCUAAUAGUGGUCCACGAUUUACUAGCGUUUCUAUGAUUGAUGACAAUUUCAUGAGGAAAUUGCUAUCCCUUUCUAUGAGACACCCUCAAUAAAUGUUUUCAUAAUACUUAAAAACACCAUUAUAAUGCAAUGUGAGUGUCAAUGUCAGCCCCCUAUAAUGCCAUAACCUUUUAAUCAUCAGCCAACUGCAACAAAUCUACCCUUACAUAGUAUUUACUUAUUAAUAAUUACAUUUCCUAUACAAAUUGGCAUAACCAUGUGACAUGCACUUACAUUUACAUUUACAUUUAAGUCAUUUAGCAGACGCUCUUAAGAUGACUCUACUAAUGGAUUAUAAAUGUGUUCUUUAAUACAGUUUAUUGUGCAUGCACAUCAUGGGGAGUUUGUCCCAAUUAUAUCAAUACAUAGAGAUCAUUAUUUGAAUUUAAACAACUGUAUAUGGCUCUAAGACGUACUGUCCUUGGAAGUAGCCUAGAGUGUGAAGUCCAGGACUGCAUUUAGACAGGCGGUCCAAUUCUGAUAUUUUUUCAAGUAAUUGGUCUUUUGUACCAAUCACAUAGAUCUUUUCACGUCAGAUCUUUUCGGGAACUGAUCUGAUUGGUCAAACGACAAAUUAGUGAAAGAAAUAUCAGAAUUGGGCUACCUGUCUAAAUGCAGCCGCCAGACUUAGGGCUGAGUGAGUCAAGUUCAAUUCAGACAUCCCUUCUAGAUAGUCAACAUGAGGGUGCUAUAGGCUUAGCUAGUCAUUGACCUGAUCUCACACUUCAAAGCAUCUCUUUGGACCUCCUACUAGACUUGAGGUCCACAUUCCAUAUGACUCCAUAUGCCUGUGUCUAAAGCUUUGUGUCUGCAGCUUUUUGCCAAUAAAGUAACGCUAUAGAUAGAUCGACAGCUUGUACUAUUUUCUUUAGUCAAUUAUUCUUACUGAUACAAAGGAAAUGGGAAUUUUAAGCACAAAUGUCCUACUCACCAACAGUCAGUACAUAUUGUAAUAACAAAUGUAAAAGGUUAUCUGUGAUUAUUUACAUAGAGAACACUAACAUGUCACAUGCUAGAGUGCAGAAGAAUUUUCAUAUGAAUAUUUGUGAAUUGAUCAAUCGAUUAAACUGCUACAAUUACGAUUUAUUUUGAGUAAUGCUUUGAUGAAAGGAUUUUAUACAACAUUAAUUUCCUUCUAUCCUUUCCCUGUCCCCUCUCUCCCUCUUGCAAACUUUCCAACUUAAUUUUGGUACCACAUGGCAUGAUUUUUGUUGAUCUUUAAUUUUGUAUGUUUAAGAUCACAAGUUGCUGUGAUAUUUCAUUUGAAAUUGUGAAGUUUGUACGAUUUUUAUCACGCUGGUGUUGACAUCUCUUACUCUGAAUAAAACUUGUGUUGCAACACUAA